UGAAACGUACGGUCACGUGACAACCAUCAACUAUUCACUUGUGUGUAUAGAAUAGUAUAGAUUAGUACUGGAAAGAUGGGGAAGCAAUGCGAUGCAUUUGACUAAUAAUUAUGAACAUAAAAAAGAAUGGAAAAAAAAAAAAAAGGUUUUCAUCGUUUUCCUGUGAACAAUCCAAAGCUAUGUAAAGAAUGGGUUGUCAAACUGAAACGAAAAAACUUCACUGCAAGUGUACACUCUGUAUUAGUGUAAUAUGUUCAGAGCAUUUUGAGGAGGACUGUUUUAUUUACCAGCCUUUUACAAAUCGCAGACUUCUAAAGCCUGGUGCUGUGCCGACCAAGUUUUCUUUUUCCAAAAGUACACCAAGCCGAAAAAAGACCAAAUAUGAAUUUAGACAACCUCUUUUACCCCAGGACACCACCAUUGAGGAGAAGACUAGAGAUGUCACUGUGCAAACUAAUGAAGACUUUAUUACAGAUCUUCUAAAGAGGGUAAAUACUUUGGAACCAGGCAAUGCUAGCCUUCUGGAAGAAGUUGCUCAGUUGAAAUUGUGUUAUGACUCUUUGAAACUAAAAGGAGAUAACUUUUUUUGUUUAAGUAGCUGUUUAGAAGACAAAUUAUUGUUAUGACUUAUGAAUUUUAGCAACAUUUAAAAUUGGUGUGUAUAUAUUUUAUUAAUAUUUAUUAAUAUAAACUUUUUUAUUAUGUACUUCUACAGAUCAGUGCCCAAAAAUAUUAAAUAUUAUUUCCUUAUUUAUAUAGUUUUCCUCUUACAAUGUUGUUACUUUGGUUUAUUAUGACUUAUCAAUUUUUCUCUGGCAACUUGAAAUAAUUGGUGUGCACAUUUUAUUAAUAUAAGCUUGUUUAUUUCAUGUUUAAAAUUUCAAAAUUUGUAUAUAUGUAUAUAUUUUUAGUAAUAAUAUCAGCUUCCUUGUGUACAAUAUACUUUUCACAUCAUUCAAUAAAAUAAUACACUUAUAAAGAAACAAAGACUUUAUUUUGCUAUGACAAUGUAUCAUAUCUAUUUAAAUAAACUACAAAAUGAAUCGCAAACAUCACAAAGCUAAAAAAAUAUAGAUGGUAAUGGUAUAGUUCUGUCAUAGAAGACAAUGUCCGAGGUUAAUCUUUUAGGAUCGGCUUGUAGAACUGAAAAUAUAGGAGUGUUCUGAGGUAAGGCAGCCAAAGCAGACAUUGAAACACUGGUAUCAAAAUUUUGUAGACCAGUCUUAUCACAGCUAAAACUAUCCUUCGUUUUCUGAGGCUUUAGGUGCAGGUUGAUGCCAUGUCUGAAUUUUGUCUGUUGGUGCUGCAUACAUUUCUUUUUUGCUAUAGUCUUCUAGAGCAGACAGAAGACCAAAAAGAUGUUUACAACAGGCGGGCUUGCAACCCCCUGCACACUGACACUCUCCUUCAAUGACCUGAAAGAAUAAAUAUAU